CGGACAUCACUUGAAGUCACAUGACAUCGACGAGAGAGUGAGCUGUACUUGUAUCAAAGUACAAAGAUUGAGCUAUUUUAGUUUAACCACAUUGAGAUGGUACAUUAAAUAACACAUUAAACCCUAGACAGAUCAUUUUUAAUCGUUUUUCAACGUGCACGAUCAAACUAUUUUUUUUUCUUCUUUGCACCAAGAUCAGAUGAGAAUUCUGGGUAUCUCUCAGCUCAGUUUGAGGAGACUCAAUGCCGUAUUUUCUGCAGGCACCAUCAGAGACAGCUCAAGCUCAGCCGCUAUGAGACUCGUCCAGUUCUGCCACAGAGGCAGCGAGGGGAGCAUCAGGGUCGGGGUGGAGCAGGCAGAAGGUCAGGGGGUCAUUGAUCUGAAAGCUUUCGACCCCUCCAUGCCUUCCACUAUGAGAGACUUUCUAGAAAUGGGGCAAAAGGGAAUGGACUGUGCUAAGAGGGCUUUGUCCAGCGGUCAGCAUGUGGUGUCACGGUCAGAUAUCAGGCUUCUCUCCCCCGUGACUGGCCCAGAGAAGGUGGUGUGUGUUGGUAUGAAUUAUAAGGACCACUGCCUCGAGCAAAAUGCCCCGAUUCCUAAAGAGCCCAUCAUAUUCAGCAAGUUCCCCUCCACCAUCACUGGCCCUUAUGAUGACAUCAUUCUACCAGAGGAGAGUCAGGAAGUGGACUGGGAGGUGGAACUUGCCUUUGUGAUUGGACGAAAAGGAAAGCAUAUCAAGGAAGGGGAGGCUCUUUCCUAUGUUGCAGGUUUCACUGUAGCGAAUGAUGUGAGUGCUCGUGAUUGGCAGAUGAAGCGCAAUGGAAAACAGUGGCUGCUGGGAAAAACAUUCGACACGUUUUGUCCACUCGGGCCGGCACUAGUUACCACUGAAGCACUGAAAGAUGUUCAUAACCUGGGUAUCCGUUGCCUGGUGAAUGGAGCCGCAGUUCAGGACAGUAACACCAAUCAGUUGAUCUUUCACACCGAGAAGGUGGUGGCUUGGGUCUCACAGUUUGUGACUCUUUGUCCUGGCGAUGUGUUUUUGACUGGAACGCCUCCAGGUGUGGGGGUGUUCAGAAAUCCACCCGUGUUUCUAAAGAGAGGAGAUGUUGUGGAGUGUCAGAUUGAUGAGAUUGGAUCGAUACGGAACACAGUCGUGUAACAGGAAGAUCUGCGACAUAGAUCCAAGUGCCAAUACGGAAUCUAAUCAUUUCAUAUUGUCACAUUGCAAAACACUGAUUUUUUUAUUUUAGCUGAAGACGUAAAUCGAAUGCACAUUAUGCUCUGGGCCACUUCUUAAAUAAAAAAGUUUUUUGAAUGCAUAAUUUUUUUUUCGAAUCAUCGCCGAAUCUGGCACACAUGUAUUUUUCAUAAAGAAGUCAAUUCCAUGUGAAUGUCAAUCAAACUGGGAUUUCAUGAACAGGAUACACAACAGAUCACUUCCAGUAGAGGGCAUCACUGACCCGUGUACGUUGGCAUUCUUGUCCAUCUAUUCUCAGCUUGAGAUACUGUAGAUAGGCUUGGUUCCCAGAAACAAUUUGGUUUGUGUGUGUGUGCAUCAGGUUAUUCAAACUAAGAUGACUUUUAAACAUGUAGGACUUUUAUUGAAACCCUUUAAAAUGAAUAAAAACCAUAAACAGGC